AUGAUUCCCGACUUAGAACCACCCGACGGCCUCCUUCCAAAUCAUUCUGUCAAUCUCGGGGGCGGUUACGUUCUCCUCAGGGCUCGUGACAGAUAUAGCUAUCGUCCCGGUGAAGCCGAGCUGCGAUUGAUUAGUCGAUUCCUGGAUGCACCUGUUCCAAAGUUCAAGCGCUGGGCGAGACUGCGCCUUCCAAAUGGGCAGGUUGCUCGCUGUGCAUGGAAGGAGACACUCAAGCCUGCAGAGAAAGUUCGCAUGGCACGAAACAUCAAGGUCACAAUCAAUGACAGGAGCGAAAUUGCAGAAGUGCUGUACUACGCCCAGCUUGCAGUGAAGCUAGAGUACAAUGAGGACGGGGUCUAUCGGUUCAUCACAGUCGCAAUGGUCUCAGUUUAUUCUCGCCCAGACCCAGAACUACUCCAGAAGUCUUCACAGACUGUCUGGUCAUGCCAACAUCAUGGUGACCAGGCACUACAACUUGUCAGCGUGAAAUCAAUCCACUCAGUGGUAGCUAUGGUACCUCACCGUCCUGUACUCCCAUCCGGAGUCGAAGAGGAUCGCUUUUUUCUGCUUGAAAAGCCAGGGCUUGGUUUGCUCACUGUUGACGAGGAGACAGAAGAUGAAGGAGACGGGGAUGAGUAG